CACUCGGGCCAACUGAGAAGAUUGCGCGCACUCUAUUACGCACCGUUCAAAGUGACUUUGGGCAUCGUUAGAAUCGCGUGGUUCUCCGCGCAGCAAACACAAAUUUCGGAAUAAUCUUCGAUUGACUGAGAUUAAAAAAAAGAAAUCAAAUUAAUCCAUUUGGCUGGACAAAUUGCGAGGAAAAUAAAUUGCUUCAAAAAAGGAAAUUAACUGUUUUAGUUUUUGAUUGAGUGAAUUUACGUUGAAGAUGUUCAAGUGUACGGUUAUUCAAAAAUUGUGUCGCAUUGGUAUUGGAAUUAAAUUGAUAUGACCGACUUAAUUUGGAAAUGAAUGCCAAACACUGCAAUUGAUUGCUUAUGGAAUUUCCUUCGUUGAAAACGUUUUGUAUUUUUGGUGAAUGCGAAAAAACUACUGAUAAGUGUGCUUUGGAAUAACAACAGUGAUACAGAAAUAUAACACAUACGAAAGUGAACGCAAAAUUCAAAUGAUGUAAAAAGAAAAUAAAAGCAAAAAAGUGAACAGACGAAUAUUUCUAACAAAUUUUUGUGAAGAAAAAAACGAACAGUAAAGUGUAGAACAUCGAAACAAACCGAAAACGAAAAUAAAAUGCACAUUGAAUUGUUUAAUCAAUUUGCGAGGAAUUAUCACAAUCUUUGGGUUAAAUACGCUGACGACCACGACAACAACAAAUAGCUAACAAACUCAUAUCGAUUCUGAAUGUUUGUGUGUUUUGUGUAGAAGAAUUUUGCUGCCCAAAAAGAAAAUCACCAACCGAAAUCUAAUUUUUAUCUAUAUCUUGAAUUUGUGUACAUUAGGUUACUUCAGGAUGAUAACCAUUUGGUUCGCUUUAGUUUCACUCGCAUAUGCACCAGUUUUCAUUGGUGCAAAUGCAAGCAUUCCGCCCACAGAGAAGUCUAUCAUUAGGAAAACAGUUUGCGAGCCUGGAAAUGCGUAUCGAAUGUUUGGCUACGAUUGCUCCUACAUGGACUUGACGGAAGUGCCACAGAAUUUAAAAAGCAGCGUUAAAAUAUUCGAUCUGUCAAUCAAUCGGAUCAAGGAGCUAACGAAAAAGUCAUUUACUCGAUAUUCGGACAUUAAACUGUUAUAUUUAUUCGAAAAUAGGAUAAAGACUAUCGAAAAAGGAACAUUUGCCCAUUUGACAGGUCUUGAGGCCAUUGACCUUUCAAGUAACAGCUUAUCAAGCAUCUCAGUGGAGCUAUUUAAAUUGCCGCGCCUAAGGAAUAUUUACUACAGUGACAACCCAUUACUGAAAAUUGGAAAUGAUUUAAAGCAUUUGGAAAAACCGAUAACGGCACCAUUGCAAAAACUCUUUAUGGCUUAUUGCGACCUAUCGUCAAUACCUGAUCUUGGCAUUCUACCCGAUUUAGUAUACUUGAAUGUUUCAUUUAAUCUUUUCGACGAAAUCACACCGCAACAAUUUUCACCGCUUUGCAGCUUGAACACACUUGUUAUCGAAAAUUCCACCCAUUUAAGUCCAUGCACAUGCAAAUCGUUGCAAGCCUAUCUCGAUAGACGACUCAUCUAUGUGAAUCACACAUUUGAUUGCCCAACAGUUCACGAAGAAGAAGUAUACUGUUCCGAGUCAGUGAAUGCAACAGCUGAUACAGACGAUUUUGAUAAGUGUUUGACGAGAGUACAGGAAAAGAAGCGCGAUGAACAAGCGAAAGAAACUUGGAUGCUCAUUGUGAUCGGUUUGGGUGUAUUUUUCAUCGUUUUUAUUUGCAUUCUGUACUACUUCCAUCGGCGUAAUGUGAAAAAAGCGAAACUAUUAGAAAAACAAUCAACAAAAUUGCGACACAUUCAUCAAACGACAAAUGGUAAUGUUGAGGUACUACUAUCCCGAGCCGAAUAAUGCGUCUUGAUUUGUGUAUAGAUAGCUUAUGUUCGUCUUACGGUGUUUUAACUCACUGGAUUUUUUUCUCCAAAACUGACAAACCAAAGUAGCAGCAUCUACACCAUAGCAACGUAGCCACAUAAAUAUUUGUAAUAACUAAAAAUUAACACGUUUCACAAUUCAUAACACGUCCUAAGAAAGUAGAAGAAAAAUGAUGAAGCUAUUAGAAUUUACCAGAAGAUUUUAACAUAACACACGGAACUGUGUAAUUCGAAACAGAAUUCCCUCUCAAUCAUUUUCACUAUAGUGAAUUACUAUAUAGAGUAAUUUUUAAUUUCGAAGGGUUGCCAGAAUAAAACACACCACCAUUUAAAGUAUAUGUUGCAAUUGUAAAAUAUUAAAUUGUAGAAUAUCCAACCGCUUUUUUAGAUUGCCUUCUAAUUGUAUGACCAAAGAUUGCAUUUAAACUCAACUAAUUAGUGAGAGUCAAAACGUUUUCAACGUUAGGAUAAGAAACCAGACAAAAUCAAUGAACAUGACACAAGUCAAUCGAUACAGUAGAAGCUAUAAAACGAAUAUCAAGACAUUGUGAUAAAAUUUAGAACUUAUACGAAGAAAAAAACAUAGAUUUUAUAACGGAGUAACACUGAGAUUUUUUUAUUAACUUAGUUUAAAAGAAAAUUGUAAUUAUUUGAUCGCUUGGACAAUGGCCACUCUCCGGUCAAAUCAAAAGAAAUUCAUUAAAGUGUAUUGAUUUCAAUUUUAAA